UCAACUGUAACUGUCUGAAAGAUUUCAGUGAUUAACAGAUUACAUACUGACAAUGAGGAACAUUCCCGACUGACAUGCAAGAUAAUACCACUCAUGUUUGUAUGUUGAAAUUCCCUAACUGGCAGCUACUGGGCUGACUUAUGGGAAAAAGUAGAGGGACUAUAAAUGAACCAGUCCAUGGUAGGCAGCUUCUUAUUGUCAACUGGAGAUUGCAGUCACACUGUCUUACCAAAACUUGGAUGCACGUUUGAGUAACUUCUCCUUCACCUUCUUGAGGAAAAUAACCAACCAGACAGGAUGCUUUUCCUUGCUGUCUUUGCGCUUCUUGCAGCUUCUGCUUCAGCUGCCUUCCAGCCUCACUACUCUUUCUCACCUUCUGUCGGGUCACGAGGUGGCACCUCAUUUGCUAUCACUGGAGAAGACAGGAUCACAGCUGUAAGGGUCUGGGAUACGUACGGUGGCCACAUCAGAGGCAUUCAGUUCCGCUAUGGCUUCGUCUGGUCUUCUGUUGCUGGUUUCUCAUACGGCGACUUACAUGACCUUGAUCUGUUUGAUGAUGAAGCCAUCAUCCAGAUCUCUGGGAAAUACUCUCACUAUGUGCAGUCAGUAGUGUUCAACACCAACAUGGGCCGCUCCCUGUUUGCAGGCCAGCCUUAUGGUCAUUCUUUCAACAUGUAUCCUGAAAACAGUGGUGCUGAGCUGCGCUUCAUCAGUGGCCGUGUGCAUGGAGGGAUCACUUCAAUUGGAGCACACUGGGCUGUCUUUGAACCAAACUUCAACCACACUGGGCGCUGAGGACAGUAGCAGAGGAGCUGAUUGUCAUCAUCUGCUUAGUUUUUGGACAAAAACGAAAGGCACGCAUUGCACUUUGCACAACAUUCUUUGGGGGUGUUUUCAUAAGUAUCUAAAAUGAUAAAGUAACAACAUAAAAAUAAGUUAUAAUUAACAUUUUUUCCUCUUAGCUUUAUAAAGUAGUUAGCCUACUGCUUUUGCCUAAUUGCACACUUUCCUUAAAUCAGUGAUCGAGAAAACGGGUGUUGAUAACCGUAAUUGUUUUCUUUUGACAAACUGUCAUCUUCUAUUACUCACUGUGUAAUUUUAAUGCCAUUAUUCACCGUCCACCACACAAUAUGGGAAUGGUAUUGUAUCCCACAAAAAUAUAACUACAUGUAAACUGGAAAUUAGUCUAUUUAAUUUGCUUGCUUGAUGGAGUUGAAUUCCUGUAUCUUUAAAUAAAAAAGCAAUAAAACA